GACUGGAGUUACCAAAAGUAGUUCCAAGCCCCAGAGAUAGGAAACACGCGUUGCUUCCACUAUCAGGAAAGGAAAGAGGGGAAAUUUAAUGUCCAGACGCUUGGCGUUCUAGACGUUUGCCGCCCCUACUGGAUACUUGUCGGGCCUUUUGACGGCAUUUUUGACCGUUUCCUGCAAAAACACAACCACUGGGAUUUGAGAGAAAACCCAACUGGCACGAUUUGUGUGGUGCGCACAGUUCAACAUUUUAACAGCUCUCUGUCUGGAUUCGUUGUGAACAACCUAGGACUAGCAAAGAUGGUGAAAAUUACUUCAAUUUUCGUGGGGAUUUUGCUGUUUGUUGGGUCUACGCUUUCUGUCAGGAUUUUGAAAAGGGACGCAGAAGAAAAGGCAGUUGCGGCGAACCUGGACGAAAAUCCUGGAGAACCGGCCAAGUACGUGAGCGUUGGCGGGCUAAGUGGACUUGAUGCCGACAUCGUUGUGAAAAACCACCCGCUUGCAGACGAGCCUUCCAACGUGAUCGAGUCGGAGCAUACGAACCACGGGGUCUGGGAGGAGUUGGAGCAUGAACAGGAUAGAUUUUCUUCGGGAAGGACGGCGUCGUCAGCGGCGUGUUCGACAUGCGGUUGCGGGGUGAGAGGGGACACGGGCCCCGCUGGACCGCCCGGACCCCCCGGUGCACCAGGCCCGUCCGGAAUACCGGGCAAUCACGGUAACAAUGGCAACAAUGGACUACCUGGGCAGUCCGGACCACCUGGGUUUAAAGGUGACAAGGGAGAAAUCGGCGUAACGGGUGCAGAGGGCCAGCCUGGACCAACCGGACCCAUCGGGCCUCCUGGAUACAAGGGAGAAGCUGGUCUGAUCGGGCCAGCUGGGCCAAGAGGACCGCAGGGACCGAUCGGUGCGCCGGGACAACCCGGGGCGAACGUGCCCGUACCCGGACCGAAGGGACAGAAGGGAGACGCCGGUCGGGACGGCGUGGACAGUAGCGUUGCAGGUCCACAAGGCCCACAAGGAGACCAGGGACCGCGUGGCACCGGGGGAAAGCUGGGGCCACGGGGGUUACCUGGGUUCAAGGGCGAAAAAGGCGCCAUUGGUGACCCAGGCCCCCAGGGCAACGAAGGACCCAGGGGAUCCCCAGGCCCUACCACCGUCCCCGGGAUCCAAGUCGGCGUGCCUUUCCAACAAUACAAAUAUGUCGGCGACAGACCCCAAAGCGACGACCCUUCGGCAGGCAAUCCGGACAAGUACGAAGAGUUCUUCGGCAAUCCCGAAGUUGAGCUUCGGGGAUACUCGGCAUUCUCCGCCGCGAGAAUAAACAGCAUGGGCCCGGUAGAUGAAGACAGCAAGAUUUCGUUCCAACAUGUCUUCGCUAAUGUAGGAGAGAACUUCGAGGCGGACUCUGGAACUUUUACAUGUUAUGUACCAGGUGCGUACUUUUUCACAUUCCACACCUACCGGGCCACCAACCUGGAAGUCCCGGCCUUCAUCCGGCUUAUGCUGAACGGUGAAUCACAGGUCGCAGUGUAUGAGUCCGACGACGACGACUACCGAGAUACUGCCAGCAACAGCGUCGUCCUUAUGCUGAAGGAAGGGGACGAAGUGUGGCUGCAGCUGGACAUCAACAGCUACCUGUCCAGCUCAGUGGACAAACACACUACAUUCACCGGGUUUUUACUCUUCCCCAUGUAACCACUGCCCCCCUCCCCCACCGUUUUAUAUGAUGUGCCUGAAUAAAUGACUAACUGUACUCUCUGAAUAAAAAUAAAAGUAGCCUUUACUCUACUCUACUCUACUCUACUUUGCGUAACUCUGCUCUACUAUACAGUAGUACUCUACCCAACCGUCUACUCUACUUUG